AUGGCUUCCCAUCAUAUUGUUCUGGAAGACGACGACGAGGACAUCCUUGAUAACGACCUUAUUGAUGCUGACGAUGACGCUAAUGUCUUGUCUCCGUACCGCGCAAAAACAGCUGCCAUCGAGGCCGACGACCCUUUGAAUACAUCCGACACCGCACCACUACGCGGCAAUAUCCGAUCCGACACAAACGCCGGCCCUUCUUCGUCUUCACGGAGCGCUGGUGGAGGAGGAAUAGGUGGCGGCUUUACGUCUAAUUAUCUGACAUCCUCAAUACCCGGUGAAGACCGGCGCGCGCCGCAAAACACCAUCGAUGAGACGGUAUGGCAGACAUUAUCGCGCGAUCUUCUUGCGGUAUGGGAGAAGAUGAGACAGGUGCUGUAUCCCAAGUAUCUGCUUGGUGGCCUCCUCGGCCAGCAAGGCGGCGGUAUUGGUGCUGCGGAGCGCGGGGAGGCUGGUAGUUCGGGCUUUGGUCGUGGGUUGCGCGGGUUGGUGGGUAGAUGGCCUGAUGCGGACGUUGUGCUUCAGAGUGGUAUGAGUGAGGGUUUGCGGGACUGGGAUCUAUGGGGACCGCUUAUUUUCUGCUUGCUUCUUAGCAUGUUUCUGUCCAUGCGUGCUCAUGACGAACAGUCGUCUCUUGUCUUUUCUGGUGUCUUUUCUAUUGUGUGGAUUGGCGAGGCUAUUGUCACGUUGCAGAUCAAGUUGCUUGGAGGGAACAUCUCCUUCUUCCAGUCCGUCUGCAUCAUCGGAUAUACCUUGUUCCCUCUUGUCAUCGCCGCCCUUCUCAGUGCGUUGGGUCUGCCUAUGAUUGUGCGGAUCCCAGUCUACAUCGUUCUCAUCGCCUGGGCUAUGGCAGCUGGAGUCAGCAUUCUGGGUGGCUCGGGUGUCGUUCGCAACCGUGUGGGAAUCGCAGUCUACCCAUUGCUCGUGUUUUAUGUCUCGAUUGGCUGUCUGUGUUUUAUCAGUUAA